GGUGCCGCCUGCACAUCCGGGAGGGGAGAGGAGAACGGAAGUGGCGUUGGUCUGGCCGGAGCCUUUGGGUGUAUUUGUUAGGCGUGGAGAGGGAGUGAUGUCUUCCAGACUCGGUGCAGUCCCCGCCACUUCGGGACCCACAUCCUUUAAGAAGCAGAGGAGCACGAGGAUCGGGGGAGCUAAGAAUAGCAGGACCCAGUGCUCCAUAAAGGAUAAUAGUUUCCAGUACACUAUUCCUCACGAUGACUCCUUCAGUGGUUCGUCGUCUGCCUCUUCGUGUGAAGCAGUGAGUGAUUUCCCAGCAUCCUUCCGAAAAUCUACCUACUGGAUGAAGAUGAGAAGGAUCAAGCCAGCUGCUACUCCCCAUGUUGAAGGGUCAGGUGGAGUAUCAACCAAAGGAAGAAGGAAACCCAGGCAGGAAGAAGAUGAAGACUAUCGAGAAUUUCCUCAGAAGAAGCAUAAGCUUUACGGGAGGAAGCAACGGCCCAAAACACAGCCUAAUCCCAAACCCCAGGCUCGUCGUAUUCGGAAGGAACCACCAGCCUAUGCAGCAGGCAGUUUAGAGGAGCAGUGGUACUUAGAAAUCGUGGAUAAAGGCAGUGUCUCUUGUCCUACCUGCCAGGCAGUGGGGAGGAAGACUAUAGAGGGCUUAAAGAAACACAUGGAAAACUGCAAACAGGAAAUGUUUACUUGCCAUCACUGUGGGAAACAACUUCGUUCACUGGCAGGGAUGAAGUAUCAUGUCAUGGCAAAUCAUAAUAGUUUGCCCAUUUUGAAGGCUGGAGAUGAAAUCGAUGAGCCAAGUGAGAGGGAACGGCUCCGAACAGUUCUGAAGAGACUGGGAAAGCUCAGGUGCAUGCGCGAGAGUUGCUCUAGUACCUUCACAAGCAUCAUGGGAUAUAUGUACCAUGUCAGAAAAUGUGGCAAAGGGGCUGCAGAGCUGGAGAAGUUGACCCUGAAAUGUCACCACUGUGGAAAGCCAUAUAGAUCGAAGGCUGGACUUGCGUAUCACCUGAGGUCAGAACAUGGGCCUAUCUCCUUCUUUCCAGAGUCAGGGCAGCCAGAGUGCUUAAAGGAGAUGAGCCUGGAGUCAAAGAGUGGGGGCCGAGUUCAGAGGCGUUCUGCCAAGAUAGCUGUAUACCACCUGCAGGAGCUGGCCUCCGCUGAACUGGCCAAGGAAUGGCCUAAGAGGAAGGUUCUUCAGGAUCUGGUACCUGAUGAUCGGAAGCUAAAAUAUACUCGCCCUGGGCUGCCAACAUUCAGCCAGGAAGUACUACAUAAAUGGAAGUCAGAUAUCAAGAAGUAUCAUCGCAUUCAGUGUCCUAACCAGGGUUGUGAGGCUGUCUACAGUAGUGUAUCUGGCCUUAAAGCUCACCUGGGCUCUUGUACAUUGGGAAACUUUGUGGCUGGAAAAUACAAGUGUCUUCUAUGUCAAAAAGAAUUUGUGUCAGAGAGUGGUGUCAAGUAUCACAUCAACUCUGUCCAUGCUGAGGACUGGUUUGUUGUAAACCCAACAACCACGAAAAGCUUUGAAAAGCUGAUGAAGAUAAAGCAGCGGCAGCAAGAAGAAGAAAAGCGGAGGCAGCAGCAGCACAGGAGCCGACGGUCUCUCAGAAGGCAGCAGCAGGCUAGCAUCGAGCUUCCUGAGGCAGAGCGGAGUCUUAGAGUAGGGAAGGAUCAGAGGAGGAAUAAUGAGGAACUGCUAGUGUCGACCUCCUGUAAAGAACCAGAGCAGGGGCCAGUGCCAGCACAGUUCCAGAAAGGAAAGCCCCCAAAGACUAAUCACAAACGAGGAAGGAAAUAGGCAGUCAGUGUGCACGUGCUCCUAGGAGAGGGGAUGCGAGUGCUAUUGUCACAGGGACCUGUGCUGGGACGACGGGGUCAGAGGGGGCGCUGAGUGAAGAGAAAUGUACUCGUUCAGCUGUUUGUGUGAGGCCGUGACUGUCUCAGCUCCUUCCUCCUGUAUAAAUGUCACUGUUUUCCCUACUUAUUCAUUUUGACACCCCCCCCCCCCACUACCACCCUUUUUGGUAGAUUUUCCUGCUGUUCCUCAUUGGAGUCCUCUUGUUUUUCUCUUAUCUUGCCCAAAGAGCCCCUCAUUAGGCCAACUAUAGGCCCCUCUUGCCCUAUACAAGACUAAGAAACCUGUUGGGUUGUCCUUUCCUUCCUGGGGUGUAGAAUGUUCUUGGAAACUCCAUUGAUUUAGUAGUCACAAAACAUCAUCUAGCUUAUAAAACAAUUCCAAAUUAAUUUUUAAAAACCACACUGAUGAAUUAUUUUCUAUCUGUGACGUAACAAGCCUAGAAGCUGGAAAUGUUGUCACUCAUAUAUAAUAAGGUUACCCUGUCUCUUUGGGAAACAAACUGUGUGGAGGCUGUUUUGUUCUUUCAGUAUGGUUUUAGGAUUGAAAGUAAGAAAAUGGACUUAGGAUGAAAAAGCUAGAACUUCCCUACACUAGUUUACUGGGAAAUGUUUUGUGUGUCCCAAGUAGCAGUGAUUAACUAGACCCACGGGCAUGAAAAGCAGUCUUGGGAGUAAUGUGUCCCAAACAUUAAAAUGACUGGAAAGAAGAAAUUAGAAGAAGCAAUAAAUACUGCCUUAGCUUUCCUGGGCCUGGAAGUCUCAUCUUUCGCUAUCAUCAGUGCCCUCCUGGAGUUUGUUGUGCUCCCUCAGCUUUAAGAAUUGAGAAAUGCCACAUUGAUUGCCCCUGAUGUUUUGACACAGAAUCCCAGUGUUCCUGAUAAUCCCACUAAGAUUGGUAGCCAAGGUCACAUUCCUUUCCUCCUGGACUUGACCUCCCUCGUUAGUCUACACCCUGCUAAGUCCUCGACCCUCCCUUUAGUCAACCUCUGAGUUUUCUGAGAAUAUCGUCCUCUAUCCUCUUUUAUGUGUCCUAUCCUCUUUAUAUCCUGAGACUUUGACACCAGAUGUAGAUAGUUAUCUGGAGUUGGAAAGAAAUGUUCUUUUUCUGUACCUCAUGCCUACCUGAUAAUGUCUAAUGGGCUGUUUCUCUCUGAGGCUGACUUGCUCUGGACCAUCAGUUAGAGCAGCUCUGUUGUCGUGUUUCUGGAUUCUCUUUCCCUUUUCCAUACAUAUUGGUCUUAUAUAUUCUUGCCAAUUUUUGUGGCAUAGGCCAUAUUAAAAAGGGACCCUUAACCCUGAUAUUGACAAGUACUACCUUUUCAAAUUCUGAAAGGCUAUUACCACUCUAACUGUUGUGUGAUCUUCCAUAUAGCUUUUAAAUGUGGGCUUUUGUGAAGACCACUUUCAAAUAAGGUGGCAUUGAAACCUUAUUUGGAUAUUGCCAAAAUAGGUAAUUUUGAAACAAGUGAAGGACAUGGUGUGAUUCAUCCACUCUACAUUUUCAUUGGCAUUUGUGCCCUUAGAGCCCUUUCAGUAGAUAAGGAUUGUCAGGGAGGAGAAGUGAAGAAGCUGUGUUAAUUUCUGGUGAGUAAGACUUGGGAAAUGUUUGGCAAUGACAAAAGAAAUAAACAACUCU